AUGAGUUACCCUCAAGAUGGGAGAGACAUGGAUCGACCGACGACAGCAGGGGGAUCCAUCAGGAGGGCGAGAGAGCGUGCCGAGGCAGGAUUGCCUAGGGAGAAUUUUGAUCAGUUCACCCAGCGGAUGGCGCCCGACGGCGCUGCGCAGAAGGUAGCUCCUCGAAUACCGCGGUCACAAGCAACGCCUGCUCUGCAGACCAAGGAUGGACAGAUCGGGGUGGCCAUAUCGCGGCCGACGCCAGUCGCCCAGUGGCCCCUCGCCGGACCCGUGGCAAUACCGACCAACGCAGAACCCUACCGGCCGCCACCAGGCCGGUCAGAGCCACCGCAACGGCCGCCACGGCCGAGCCGAGUUCCCUCGAUGCUCGACGCCUCACGGAUACAGGAACACACGCCUGUGUUCCAGUACACACCGCACAACGAAAGGGAGUCUGAGCUCUCCGUGCCUCAGACCACCUCAUCCGUUUCACGGCCCUCCACAAUCUCCUCCGUCGGAUCCAUUCCAGACUUUCCAGUACCCGUGGCGAUGCCCGUGCAACCACCCAGGAGAAGCGUCAAUCUGGGACCGCCUCCUUCAUCACGACGCGGCGCGUCGUCUUUCUAUUCAAAUGCAUCAUAUGUUUCACCAAUUCCCGAAGAGAGCCCUCGGUCGAGGUCUCACGCAUCAUAUGCAUCGAGUGCGGCCAUGCCCGAGAACUGGGGUACGCCGUCACCGGGCCCGAGCCCAAAUUACCCCGAAACUUAUUUUGAGGAAGCCAUCACCGAAGAAGUUGGUCGAGAAAACUCGCCAUACGACGACGGAGACGAGAGCCAGCUGGUCAGGAGCGCGAGCAUUGGCAAGCGAGCCAAAGCAGCUCUCGUCACAAAUGUGCCUCCCCCGCCCCAUCUCGACACAAACGACCCGUCACAAAGGCCGGGCCCUUCGCCCGUGCAGCGAGGGCCAUUCAGGGACGGCACGGGAUAUGUGGACGCGUCCUCGAGUUCUUCGACUCUCCCAACCACUAGGAACCCCGCCGGAGCGGCGGCGUUGACUGCUGAUAGCAUGCUGAAUGCCUAUGACGCGGCGAGCUCGACAGACCCGUCCAAUCCGAGCAGGCGAGCGUCCGUAUCACCACAACCGCCCCCAGGAGCGCGACCCUACAGCCGGCUGUCGGCCAUAAGAAGGCCGCCGCGGCUCGAUAUCGACGCGGUCAGAAAGGCGGAGGCACGAGGCAGUCUGACAAGCCUGCCAGAUCUCAUUAAGCGUGCGACUCGGUUAGCGGCUAGCUUGGAGAAGGGCAGGAGACCAGCGAGUCGGAUCGACGAUCUGGAAUACUCGCCUGGUUUUGGAGAACUGGGCGGGAACAAGGAAUUUUCAGUAGAUAAUGAGAAGCAUCAGUCGGGCCUGUCCGACAUGCUUGCGGCGUUCCCGCCUCCAGCACAAGUCAACCGACGCAGCAUACGGCAGAGCUUGCGAGACCAGGUUGGCUCCUGGCCCUUGCCCCUCGGCUUCAACAGCCGGGACCAGAGCAGCACUCGGGACGAGUACCAGCAGGACGAAGCCACCCAGACGUCCGAGAAGCGUCGGCGCAAGUGCUGCGGCAUGCCCCUGUGGGUGUUCAUCCUGCUGCUCAUCCUCAUCCUCGUUAUCGUUGCGGCGGCCGUCGUGCUGCCUCUCGAGUUCCUCGUCAUCCGCAAGCAGAACAACAACACUCCCCAGGCCAGUCUCGGCCAGUGCCAGAGCCAGCUGAGGUGCCAGAACGGCGGUACCAACUUCGUCUCGGACCAGGGCCUCUGCUCGUGCAUCUGCGCCAACGGCUUCACCGGCUUCGACUGCAGCACCGCCGGCGCGGCAGGCUGCACGACAACCAGCAUCGCCCAGGGUUCAGGGGGAGCGUCGUCCUCGCCGGGCGGCGCUGCGAAUAGUGGAGGUAAUAUCGAUAAUGUCACCCUCGGCGACGCCAUCCCGCGCCUCAUCCAGCAGGCCCAGUCCAACUUCUCGGUGCCGCUCAACGGCGGCCAGAUCCUCGCCAAGCUCAACUCGGGCAACCUCAGCUGCGCGGCCGAGAACGCCCUCGUCACCUUUGACGGGCGCACCAACCGCGUCGGCGCGGCCAAGGCCGAGGUCACCGACCUCUCGGGCGACUUCCGCGUCGUCAACAACGCCGGCGGCGGCGGCGGCGGCGACGACGAUGCGGGUGGUGGCGGCGUGGCUACCGUCACCGAGACGGUCACAAACGCCGGCGGCGCGCCCGCGCCCUCGACCCUGGCCGCGCUCGACGCCCGCGCCGACGCCGCCGGCUACAGCGGCGUCGUGCCCAGCAUCAUCUUCGCCACGACGCGCUCCUUCAGCACCUCGAUCGACAUCCCGCCCCGGACGACCACGACCGUCACGACGACCGUCAACACGGGCAUCGCCAACGGCGGCGGCGCGGCGUCCUCCACGCGGUCUACCAGCACCACCUCUUCCUCCUCUUCCUCCUCCUCCACGACGUCGGCCGCCCCCGCGCCGAGCACCACCUUCGUCGUCACCGAGGAGGUGCUCGACUUUGCGCGCGUCGCCAUCCUCUACGUGCUGCAGGAGGGCGCGCUGGCCGAGGCCGAGGCGGCGCAGAACAUCCUGCAGCGGCUCUUCUCGGCGGCCGCGAGGGCGAAUCGCGGCACCGGCACCGGCACGACCGGUGGCGGCGUCUCGGUCGAGCAGGCGCGCAACGUGACGCUCAACAACGGCAACUCGGUCAACCUGCUCACCUUUGUCGUGGACACGGGCAACGGCGCGCCCGUGGGCGGCAGGGGCGCCGCCGCCGCGGUGAAGCAGAAGAGGAGCAGUCAGGGCUUUUUGUUCCGCGGGAUGGGGUUGUUUGGCGGCAGAUGA